CCGGCUUCAUUCAACUCUGAGCGGCCGUGGAAGAGCAGAGUACGCGAGGGCGAGAGCUUGAAAUCCCACUAUCUUUCUUUUCCAGCACUCUGGUCUAAUGGGAAAAGUCUUUGUAAAUGCUUUUUAAGACUACUCACUUGAGAAAAGCACACACUGGCUGCUUUACUGGCCCUGGCCUUGAGGCUUAUCUGAAAGGAUUCAACUUCACGGGGGAACCGCCUUGGGUGCUCUGAACUCAACUGGCAUUAGACAUUUUAUAAUCCCAUCUCUUUCUGUCCAAUUUUCUUUUGCUGUCAAAUCUUAAAUUGUUACCAUGACCACCUUCACUCCUGCUGACUUUGACUUCACCUUCCUGGAGGAGGGAUUCUGUGCACGGGACAUUGUUGAGCAGAAAAUCAAUGAAUUGUCUUUAUCAGAUGAUAAGGAUGCCUUCUACGUGGCCGAUUUGGGUGAUGUCCUUAAAAAGCACCUUAGGUGGGCCCGUGCCCUGCCUCGUGUCACACCUUUCUAUGCAGUCAAAUGCAAUGACAGCAGGGCUGUCGUGAUGACGCUGGCGUCUUUGGGAGCAGGCUUUGACUGUGCAAGCAAGACUGAGAUCCAGAUUGUGCAAUCACUGGGAGUGGACCCCAGCAGGAUCAUUUAUGCCAAUCCCUGCAAGCAGGUUUCACAGAUCAAGUAUGCUUCUGCCCAUGGGGUUCAAAUGAUGACUUUUGACAGUGAAGUGGAGCUAAUGAAGGUGGCUCGUAGCCAUGACAAUGCAAAACUGGUGCUGCGUAUUGCGACAGAUGACUCUAAAGCAGUGUGCAGGCUGAGUGUCAAGUUUGGAGCCACGCUGAAGAGCAGCAGGCUGCUUUUGGAGCGGGCAAAGGAGCUAGGUCUGGAUGUCAUCGGAGUCAGCUUCCAUGUGGGCAGUGGCUGUACUGACCCAGAGACAUACAGCCAGGCCAUCUCAGAUGCACGCUGUGUUUUUGAUAUGGGGGCCGAACUGGGCUACAACAUGACCCUACUGGAUAUUGGUGGAGGCUUCCCUGGCUCUGAUGAUUCCAAGCUGAAGUUUGAGGAGAUUACUGCUGUGAUCAACCCUGCACUGGAUAAGUACUUUCCUGUAGACUCUGGCGUGAGGGUCAUUGCUGAGCCUGGACGAUACUACGUAGCCUCUGCAUACACGCUAGCUGUCAACAUUAUUGCAAAAAAGGUUAUCAUGAAGGAGCAGUCAGGCUCUGAUGAGGAAGAUGAUUGGACCAGUGACAGAACCCUAAUGUAUUAUGUAAAUGAUGGGGUUUAUGGCUCGUUCAACUGCAUCCUAUAUGAUCAUGCACAUGUGAUGCCUGUUCUGCACAAGAAGCCCAAGCCUGAUGAGCGCAUGUACCCAUGCAGUAUUUGGGGUCCUACCUGUGAUGGAUUAGAUCGCAUUGUGGAGCAGUGUACUCUGCCUGACAUGCAGGUGGGAGAGUGGCUUCUGUUUGAAAACAUGGGUGCUUACACUGUGGCUGCCUCUUCCACCUUCAACGGCUUUCAGAAACCAGACAUCCAUUACAUCAUGUCUCGAGCAGCCUGGCAGUGCAUGCAGCAGAUCCAUGCCCAGGGAAUGCCUGCUCUGGCAGAGGAGCAGUGCCCUGGCAACAUGCCAUCACACUGCGGUCGUGAAAGCAGUUUGGAGCUGCCUGCUAAGCCCUGUGCGCCCCGCGUGCUCUGAGCCGCCACCUCACCAUAGAUUUGGUACAGAUAAAGACUAUGCAUUAAGUAAUUUGUAACCGAUUCUCUAUUAGUGGCACAAUUUUCUGAUGCCCCCUGUUGCUCUGAGGGUUAGUUGUGCCUGUAGUUACACAUUUUACAGUUAUAAAGCACUGUCAGUUCUUAUCUGUGCCAGGUCUAUGGUGCGUACUCUAAGAAUAUUGUAGACGCACAUGUUGAUUUGUCUAUUCUAUUUUAUUUUAUUUUAUGUUAUUUUAUGUUAUUUUUAUCUUAUUUUUAAAUGUCAUUGAUUCCUGUUUGUGUGCUUACUAUAUGUGAGGCCAGUUACUUGACAGGAGAAUAGGAGAGAGCAAAAAAUGUUUGUGUUUUGAAGGUCAACUGCCGCUGAAACCUAUUCUUCUCUACUUCCCUUGAUUUUUAAGCUAUGAAUGCAUUUCAACCACUACUAUGGACCAUUUUGUUCUCAACCAUAGAGGGAUGCAGGGGAAAUGUUUCAUCAUGAAUUCUCAGAUCUCAUCACACACAGGAACAAUACAUUCCUCCUUUGAUUCUCCUAUUUAAAAAUGUUUUUCAAACUUUUUUGUUAAACAAGUUAAUAAUUAAGCAUGAACCAGUAAUUAUCAUGACUCAUUUCAAAAUGGAUACGAAAGAGAUGGGAUUGCACUCAUACUGCUUUCCUAUGGAAACCUUUUUUAAUGUUUUGUAUUUUUUUUAUAAAUAAAAUAUAGCUGUAAAUAUG